AUGACUAUUCUUGUUGGAAAGCCCUUGUCAUGGGCUAUCACCACCACUGCAGGAAGUGGGUUCCUGCUAUUCGGCUAUGAUCAGGGUGUCAUGUCUGGUCUGUUGACCGGGACAGCCUUUACUCGAACCUUCCCGGAGAUUGAUACCACCGCAACGGGACACGGUAGUUCGUCAUUGCAGGGGACGGUCACUGCCAUCUAUGAGAUCGGAUGCUUCUUCGGGGCUAUCAUUGCCCUACUGAUUGGUGAACGUAUCGGUCGGCGGUGGUGCAUCAUAGCUGGCUGUAUCAUUCUUUCAAUCGGAGCUGCAUUGCAGUGCAGUGCGUAUAGUAUCCCUCACUUGAUUGUGGGCCGGAUUGUGGCUGGGGUUGGGAAUGGCCUCAAUACUAGUACUAUCCGGCUUGCGAUUGAGCUAUGUAUCAACAUUUUUGGCGUGAUGACGGCAUACUGGGUUGAUUACGGAAUGAGUUACGUGGUCAACGAUGCGCAGUUCCGCUUUCCUAUUGCCUUGCAGAUUCUCUUUGCCGUAAUCACCUUAGCAGGUAUUAUCGUGCUUCCCGAGUCCCCUCGCUGGCUUAUUGCCCAUGGCCGACACGAUGAAGCACGACAUGUCAUCUGGGCCGUCCAGCCCAACGCCCGACUCAUUGACGAGGACGACGCUGCAGUGACCGCAGACGUCACGGAAAUAACCACCGCUAUCGCUGAGGAGCGAGAGGCUACGCAAGAAGGGUCAUUCAAGCUGGUCUUCACCAACGGCCACCAGAAGUUCUUCUACCGGACGCUGCUGGGAAUGGGUGGGCAAAUGAUGCAGCAGCUGUCGGGUGUCAAUCUGAUUACAUACUACAACACGGUUAUAUUCGAGGAUUCAGUUGGCAUGAGCCAUAACCUGGCGUUGUUGAUGGCUGGGUUCAACGGCGUGGCGUACUUUGCCUCGACAUUUGUUCCUAUCUGGGCUAUUGAUCGGCUGGGUCGUCGGAAAUUGAUGCUCUUUGCGGCGGCUGGGCAAUGCGCAUGCAUGGCGAUACUGGCGGGCACAGUAUAUGACGGUAGCCAUGCAUCUGGUAUUGUCGCCACGGUAAUGCUGUUUCUGUUCAACUUCUUCUUCGGUGUGGGAUUGCUGGCCAUUCCCUGGUUGUUGCCCGCCGAAUAUGCUCCGCUGUCUAUCCGAUCUCAAGCUGCGGCUCUCGCCACUGCUACGAACUGGAUCUUUACUUUCCUGGUGGUGGAAAUUACCCCAGUCAGCAUCAAGAGCAUCGGCUAUCGCACGUAUAUCUAUUUUGCUGGCGACGAAGCAAAGCCAACGUGCACGGGUUGCAAACGGCGCGGCGACAAGUGCCAAUGGCGCAUGCUAGGGUCCUUCCGCGAGGCCAACAUCAAGGUUCUGGAACCGGGGCAUCCGUCCAUGAAUCAAACGGCCAGGGGGACUAGGAAACAGAGUAAAUUCAAGAUUCUGAAUGUUGUUCCUUCUCCUUCCCGAGCUGCUGGAAAAGAACGGCAGCUGAGUCCGCCGGUUGAUGAAGGGAGAGGGUCAUCGCCUUCGGCACGAUUGCUUCCAGGUAAUGGUGAGGGUGAGGGUGAAGUGGUGCGGCCGGAUGGUCUGGAGAAUGUAUCCGGAGCAGCACCGGAUGCUCACCCGACGGUGCUUAGUCCUGGUUCUAAUCAGGCUGUGUCGCCUCUUUCGCAUCACAGUUUCCAUGCUCAAGAGAUUAAUAUUGGAAAUGGUCAGUCACCUCAUCAGGCGAGUGAGCUACCUCACCCAUACCCUGAUGAAGCGCCUCACCAGCCGUACAUCCAUUCUAGUCCUGAGUUUGUUGUUGAUGAGCUCACUGCUCUGCGCAACCUCUCCAAUAAUGCGGGACACUUUCCUGGACCUGAAGUCUACCAGUCUAUAACAUCUCCAUUGUUCGAUCAUAGCGUCUUUUCUGAUCCGGCAAAUUUGACAAAUGAUGUUUUCGUUCCGGGCUCGGCCUACGAAGCCCUUCAUACCACGCUGCGUAAUCGACAGCUGUGGACUGCUCGGACAGAAAUCCCCAGUCGCGCAAGUACCCCGGCAUCAGUGCUUGGAUUUGACGCACCCACGCCGAACACCUCACGUCUACAGAGAAGCAGACGAGCUCAGUCCAGACCAGGACGGGACUUUGAACUGACACCCGAGCGCGAGAACAUACUCUGGCAGAACUACCUGAACGAAAUCUGUCUCUGGCUGGACAUGUUCGACAACCACCGACACUUCGCAUCGACCUUCCCUCAGAUGGCCAAGUCGGCGCCACAUCUACGAUAUUCCAUCCUUGCCCUGUCAGCACGGCAGAUGGAGCGACAGCAGAACAAAAAGUCGCAAUCAGAAAGUCUUCUCUUAUACCAAGAGGCCAUCCAUCAACUUCUUCCGGAGCUAGAGCAGAAGACGACCCCUGUCAUCGCGUCAUGCGUCAUUUUAUGCGUCCUCGAGAUGCUCAGCUGCAACCCCAAAGAGUGGCGCCGACACCUUGACGGAUGCGCCUACCUUAUCCAAGCCGCGGAAAUCAACGGCUUCUCGGGUAAAGAGGAGCAAGCGCUAUUCUGGUGCUUCGCGCGAAUGGACGUCUGCGGAGGUCUCAUCUCCGAAGAAGAGACUAUUAUCCCGAUCCACCACUGGAUUCCGCGCGACAUGACCCCCACGGAAGCAUCCCAGCUCUUCCUCGCCUCAAACAUGAUUACCUUCGACACGUACGCCAAUUACACUGUCUUCCUGUGUGCCCAGACAUUAGGGGUGCUUUUCGGCGGUAGCAGCCAGUUACCAGCGUCCUGCGUGUCAUGCAACUAUCUCUCUAGUCCCAGGGAGGGCGAAUCGUAUGUGCAGCGGUGGCAGCGCCUUUUUGAUGAUGUGGAGCAGUGCGGGAGGGAAGACAAUGGAGAGGGGCGAUGGGGAAAGACCGUUUCCGACGGUGCUGUAUGGGAACGGGGCUGCUAUUUCAGGAAACCAGCUCUACCAUGCCUGUGCAUUGCUUUUGCUGCAACGAAAACCAAAGACGGUAUCCCUGCCACGGCGACCGAAAUCGGUGUUGUGGCACGCGCGGCAAAUCUGCGCUAUUUCCGCAUCAAAUACACAUCACCGCUGUGGCUGGCUGGCAAAGUGAUGUCGCAUCACUCGGAACAUACCGCCAUUAUUGAGACUUUGACGCAAAUUGAGCGCGAGACGGGGUGGGCGACAGCCUGGCGAGUGGAAGACCUAAAGGAGUUUUGGGGAGAUGAGGACGAGAAUGUGGAUGUGGAUAUGGAUGGGGGGAUGGAUCUGGAUUUGCGGAGUGAGAGGCCGAGAGGCAGCAUCGGGAGUAUUCCUUCGAGUCGUUUUUGGGGUUUGAUGGAUAUCAUUGGAUUGAUUGGGAUGAUCGAGAUCGGGAUCCACCAGGCCGGGAAUGAGCGGGAUGAUGAUCUUACCGAGACAUGA